AUGAGCCCUCAGGCCGCAUCCUAUGAAGAUCAUAACCGCUACCUCACUGGAACUGCUGUGUACCCGGUUGCUUCGAUGUUCAACCACUCGUGCACGCCAAACGUUACAAGAGCCUCCCUUGGAGACCUCACGUGGUUCCGGACGUGUACUGAUGUCAAGCGAGGCCAAGAGCUGACCAUCUCUUACAUCGGCAGCGAUUUGCUCUGUGAGCCGAAAGCUGUUCGACAAAAGCACCUCGCACGAGACUUCAGCUGUAAUUGUCCAGCUUGCACUAAGGAAGACGACGAUGACUCGGUUGUUAUCAUGCCAUUCACCUUGCAAGAUCGGUUGCAGUUGAAGGUGCUCGAGCCGAUGGACCGUCUCGAGAAAACUGCAGAGCUCUUAGAGUCUCAGAGUGGCGACCGGCGGUUCCUAGCUAAAGACUGUACACACAUUAUGACGGAACGCUGCCGAGCUCUGCUCGAGAUCGGACAGUUUCAGGCCGCCGCUGACCAGUGGAGUGGCGUUGUGUCCUUUUGCCAAAGUCAUCUGCCUCCCAACGAUCCCUACCUUGCUGAAGUGGCAAUCAACUACGUGUUCAGUCAAGUCCUCGCCAUUGCUACUAGUGAAGACGAGCAGCAUGAAUCGACGAUAGACUGCCCUGUUGAUAUUCGACUGUGUCUCGAGUUGGCCUUUGGGCCUUUUAGUGCUAUCAAACCAUUCGUAGUCGACGAGAUUCGAGCACUGGUAUCGCCAGUAGUUGGCGAGGAUAACGUUACUGAUUGGUUACAGCAAAUGCUGAGCAUAAUCGACCCCUGA